AUGAGUAAAUGUACUGAAGGAAAUGGAUUUGUAAAUUUAAUUAAUGAUGAAUUAAUUUUAUAUGUUGAUUAUUUGGGUGGGAAAGGAACUUAUGAUAAAAAUGUCGCUGUUUAUGCGGAAAAUUCAUUCAAAAAACCACAAAAUUGUUUAAAUUACUCUCUGUAUUAUUUUGAAUGUAAAAUUAACGGAGAAUUGGCAAAUUUUGAAAAAAUUUGGAUAUUUAUUGGCCUUAAAAAUUUAAAUACAAAAAAAUAUAUUUUAUAUUCUGCAAAAGAUUCUAUAACAAACGAGGAAGAUGAAACAUUUAAAAUUGAAAAUAUUUCUUUAAAUAAUAAUGAUAUUUUUGGUUGUGGAUUAGUUUAUCCUCCAAGUAAUAUGUCGAAUAAAUUCCCUUAUAUAUUUUUUACUCAAAAUGGAAAACAAAUUGGGAAAGGUGUAUUAUUGAAAGAUAAUUCUGAUUUAUAUAAGCCAUUUGUUGAAUUGAAAUGUUGUUCUGUUAAAGCUAAUUUUGGGAAUGAUUUGGAGUUGAAACCAUUUAAAUAUGAUAUUUCGAAGCAUUUAAUUCUAGAGGAAUUUUAUUAA